CAGGUUUCAAAUAGAACGACCUAUAAACAUUUCUUAGAAAAACAGAACAUAUGUCCAGACCUUUUCUGCACACAGUCAAAGGUCAUAAAUCAGUCACUUAACAAUGAGGCUACCCUUACCUCAUGUAGAAAGCCAGUGCUACAGACAACAUUACAUGAUGCACGUUAUGAGGACAAUUUCUCCGAGACUGAUCCUAUCCAGGAGCAGCCCGAGCCUUUGGAAAGUAACAAAUCACAGACAACCUUAACUGAGCUUAACUAUGAUGAGACCCUAUCUGAUGCCACCCAGAGACUACCAGAUAGAGUUGUAGAGUCUCAAAGCAGCAAAUCACAGGAGCCGUAUAACGGUGAUGAGUUGCUGUAUCCUGGAUCAUCUCUUACCAAAGUGUCAUGUGUCAUUUUACUGUGUGUCAUGUUGUAACUACUUAGGAACAAGAGAGAAAAGCCCAAUGCAUUGUGCUGUCUGUAAGGCAGCAUUUGAUGCAGAUGCUAAUCUGAAAAAUGGCUCUUUUUUUCUAGUAUUGAGCUUGUCAUCACAGCUCAAAGACAUUCUCGAAAAUCCAAGUUGAACUUUGUCAAGGCACACUACAGCUGAGAAAGAGGUACUAAAUGACAUACAGUGUGGAGCGGAAUAUAGAAAAUUGAGAGAAAAUGGCCAAUUAGGUGAUUGUGACAUAAGUUUACUGUGGAAUUGUGAUGGAAUUCCCAUUUUCAGAAGCUCAAAUUACCAGGUGUGGCCCAUUCAAUGUCAGGUCAUAGAACUACGGCCAGCAGACAGAAAAAACAACAUCUGUGUGCCGUGUAUUUGGUUUGGUGAAAAGAAACCAGUCAUGUCUGCUCUGCUAAGCCCUUUUGUGAAUGAGCUGUGUUCUCUUGAGAGGGAAGGGUUAAUCUGGAAAGACUCACAAAAUGUAGAACAUAUUUCCAAGGUGUAUGCACUAAUAUGUAGCUCUGACUCAGUUGCCCGCCCACUCCUAAGAAACACGAAACAAUUCAAUGGACAAUAUGGGUGUGAUUUCUGCUAUCACAUAGGUGGAGGUCCUUAUCCAUAUAGAAGACCAGAGCCUCUUCUCCGAUCUGAAACAGAACAUUAUGACCAUGCUAUGGCAGCUACAGUACAACUGCCGGUCAAGGGUGUAAAAGGCCCAACGGAAUUGAUGAGAUUACAAAAGUUUCAGAUAAUUAAUGGUUUUGUCCCAGAAUAUCAGCACAGUGUUUGUCUUGGUGUCACUCGACAACUGGCAACUCUGUGGCUUGACUCCAACAAUCACAACGAAGAGUGGUACAUAGGCACGAAAGCUGACAUAAUUGACCAAAAACUGCUGGCUAUAAAACCUCCAGUAGAGAUAACAAGAACACCCAGGUCAAUACAAGACAGGAAAUACUGGGAAGCCUCAGAAUGGAGGUCAUUUCUUCUUUUCUAUUCUUUGCUAAUACUAAAUGGUGUUCUAAAGAAGAAGUAUUGGGACCACCUGUUUCUUUUAGUUUUUGCUUUGCAUAUACUUCUUCAACAGCAGUUCAAACGCUGUGAAGUCAGUGUAGCGGAAAUAGCACUGAAGAAGUUUGUGAUUCAGUUUGAGGUGCUGUAUGGUAUUAAGAAUGUGUCAUUCAAUGUACACCUGUUGACACACCUUGCAGACAGUGUUAAGAACUGGGGUCCUUUGUGGGCAACAUCAACGUUUUCAUUUGAAUCUUUCAAUGGUACUUUAUUAAAGUACUUCAAUGGGACUACUCAUGUCCCUGUGCAAAUUGUGAAGACAUUCCUUAAGUGGAAGAGUCUGUGAAAAAGGGUGGAAAAAUGUUUAGUCAACACAGACGAUACAGUAAAAGACCUCUUCUCCCAACUUCAAAAUAGUAAUUCCAUGAGUAGUAAAGCCAAAAAUCUGACUGGAAAUGUCACUGUGUUUGGUCCUCAUUCUGACACUGUAAGUGCAUCACACGUCUUUGCCAUCGAAGAACUGAAUGGUGGUAUAGUGUGUAACUGUACAUCCUACACUCGUUUCCUAAUCGGUGAGACACUGUAUCAUGCAGAAGAUAACACCAGAUUAAAGAAAAGAAAUAAUUCUAUUGCAGAAUUAAAAGAUGGCACAUUGUGUAAAGUCUUGAGCUUAGUUUCUUAUGAAACUGUCACCAGUGCUUCAGACAUUGAUGUUGGAAAAAAAUGCUGUGUAGUCGUGCAGAAUCUUGAAAAGUCAAGAAGAGCAUUGUGUAGGGACAUUCAAUUGAAUAUCUCUUCUAAGUUUGUGUAUGAGGUGUCUGAAAACAGUUAUGUGUAUGCUGUGAACACUGACUCAUUUAAAAGAAAAUGUGUAAUGGUCAAAUUACAGGACAGCACAUUUGUCAUACCUCUCCCAAAUAAUGUAGAAAGGGACUGAAGGGUCUGUACAGUAUAGAUGAAUUGGGUGAGAAUACCAUAGAAACUAGAUUUACACCAUCAGAAACAUGAUUUUCUUGAAAAUGAAGAGUUGACGUUAAGCUUGAAGAUAAAUGGUUUCUUUGACUGAAUAGAAAUGUUAUAACAAUCCUUUGUAAAAUUGUGCUGUAUAUACUCAAUGUAACCAAUAAAUGAAUAAGUGUGUAUUAUAGCACAUGUAAGUACUGAGAUCAU